UUUUUUUUGCCAGCAUAACAGGUCUUUCUCCCUCUUCUCUUCUCAGGAACAGUCAAUUCAAUUCAUUAUCGUGAGCUGAGUCUACUGAACUCCGUUAUCCCGUAAAAUUUAUACACAACUCAUUACAACGCCAAUGAAAAUAAGUUCGUAGAUGUUUGUUAACAUAAAAAUUUCUUCUGAAUGAUAAAAAUAAAUCCUCACAUGUGAUAAAAACAUAAAUUAAGAAUUUUUAUGAUUAAGACUGAUAUACUCUUUAGUUCUUUUAAGUCAGUGGCUGUGUGAGUCAAGUGCGACAAAUAUUUAAAAAUCAAUAUAACUUGUCAAAUAAAUUUUCUAUUUAUUGCAUCCGGCGAUUUAUUAGUUAAGAAAACAAACAGUCAUUGAAAAUGUAUCGACUUGUCAUCAUUCUGUGUGCUAUUGUUUCUUCACUAGCGAUUCGAGAAUCUUCCAGGCCAAGACACGACAAGAUUGUUGCUUGUUAUCUAGCAUCUUGGGCGCAAUAUCGUCCUGGUAAAGGUCAAUUCCAAUUAGACAAUUUACAUCCUGAACAUUGCACUCAUAUUAUUUACUCAUUCGCUGGGUUGAAUGCGACCUCGUGGACUAUCAGAAGUUUGGAUCCUUGGGCUGAUUUGGAAGAAAAUUAUGGUAAAGGUUCUUAUAAGAAAAUAACAGAACUCCGAAGAACAAGUCCAGGAUUGAAAGUAACGCUGGCAAUCGGCGGAUGGAAUGAAGCCAGUGCAAAUUAUUCAGCUUUAGCAUCUUCCCCAACCCGUCGAAAUGUAUUUAUCACCAGUGUCGUAAACUUCUUAACAACUUACAACUUCGAUGGUCUUGACUUAGAUUGGGAAUUCCCAGGAAAACGCGGCGGGGCGCCGUAUGACAGGAAAAACUUUGUGAGCCUAGUCGAAGAAUUGAGCCAGGAAUUGAAGCCGCGUAAUUUAUUAUUAACUGCAGCUAUUAGUGCCGAUAAAGCGACGAUCGACACAGCUUACAAUGUGUCAGAAAUAUCGAAAUAUCUGGACUUGAUUCAUGUUAUGGCUUACGACUACCACGGAGCUUGGGACAAAAAAGUGGGCGCCAACGCACCCUUGAAAUGUUUAAACAAUGACAAUCUUUGCGUUGAAUCUACGAUUGAUUAUUUAUUGCAAUUAGGAGCUCCAGCAGAUAAACUAGUUCUGGGGUUACCGAUGUACGGACGUACUUUUAUUACCACUAGUGUUUUGAACGGUACUCAAAGCCCGAUGGGUGCCGCUGCUUUGGCCACUGGGUUCCAGGGGAAUUUCACUCGAGAAGAUGGGUUCAUGGGCUACAAUGAAAUUUGCAAGGAGUUAGUUGUCAAUCCAAUGAGCUGGAGAACUGGCUGGGAUGAUGAUACUAACACUGCUUAUGCUGUUCAUGAUGAUAAGGUUGUUGUCUAUGACAACCCCAAAAGUUUUAUGAAAAAGAUUGAAUAUGUAAAACAAAUGAGCUUAGCCGGUGUAAUGGUAUGGAGUAUCGACACUGAUGAUUUUCGAGGUGACUGCAAGUCAUUGCACACAGAUAAUUUAGAUCCAUUACUCGGGUCAGAGUAUCCACUGAUGCGAGCCAUCAACAUUGCUUUCACCAAGACACAAAUAGAAGACAAUAAAAUACCGGAUGUUGAUUCAUCAGCUUCAUUUAUUAAUUAUUCUGGUCUUUUAUUAUUACAAUUUAUUUUUAUACUUUUAAAUUUAGCCAAAAAUUAUGUUUAA